AUGAGCACUAGUGCUAAGCUUAGUGAAGACCUUACUGAUAAGUCUGUGGAUCAAACUCUUUAUCGAAGUAUGAUUGGAAGUUUAUUGUACCUUACUGCAAGCGGACCUGACAUUUCCUACAGUGUAGAAGUUUGUGCACGUUUUCAGGCAAAUCCAAAAGAAUCUCAUCUGGAAGCUGUCAAGAGGAUCAUCAGAUAUGUGUCAGGUACUACUUCAUGUGGUAUAUACUAUACUUUUGAGACUAAUGUGGAAAUUGCAGGGUACUCUGAUUCUGAUUGGGGAGGAAACUUGAAAGAUAGGAAAAGCACAUCUGGAGGUUGUUUCUUCAUUGGAAACAAUAUGGUUGCUUGGCAUAGCAAGAAGCAAAACUACAUCUCCCUUUCUACUGCUGAGGCUGAGUAUGUAGCUGCGGGUAGCUGCUGCACUCAGAUGAUCUGGAUGAAGCAAAUGCUUCGAGAUUAUGGAAUUCCUCAAGAUUAG